AUGAACGGCCGCGCCAACGGGCACGUCACCAACACCACCCAGUCCUACGACGUCAUCAUCGUCGGCGCAGGCAUCUCGGGCGUCAAUGCCGGCUACCGUAUGCAAACAACGCUCCCCAACUCCUCCUACACCAUCCUCGAAGGCCGGGCCGACCUGGGCGGAACAUGGAAUCUCUUCAAAUACCCCGGCAUCCGGUCUGAUUCCGACCUCCACACCUUCGGCUUCCCGUUCAACCCUUGGACGAAAGAGAACCCCAUCGCGACAGGGGAGUCGAUCUGCACGUACAUGAAGGAGACGGCGAGCAAGUUUGGGAUUGACCAGCAUUUUCAGUUUAAGCAUAAGGUUGUCAGCGCGGAUUGGAGCUCGGAUGCACAGCUUUGGCGGCUGGAAGUGGACAAUGAAGGCACGAGGAAGAUAUUCUACGCCAAGUUUAUAAUCAUGGGUACGGGAUAUUACAGCUACGAAAAACCGUUGAAGGCCCAUAUCCCGGGUUUGGAAAAGUUUAAAGGCACGACAGUACAUCCACAAUUCUGGCCGGAAGAUCUGGAUUACAAGGGCAAGAAAAUGGUGGUUAUUGGAUCUGGGGCAACAGCCAUCACCCUCCUUCCCGCACUUGUCGAAGGCGGGGUCGGCCAUGUUACAAUGCUUCAGCGAUCCCCGUCAUACGUGAUGUCCCAGCCACAGCGCAAAACCGGCGUUGUAAACUUCUACGAACGGUUUCUACCGACCUGGAUCUCCCUCCGCAUUACCCGCAUCAGAUUCCUCGUCCUGCCAUACCUGUUCUACCUCUUUUGCCGUCGGUGGCCGGAUAAAGCCCGCGCCCUUCUCAUGGGCGAAGCACAAAAACAACUCCCGAAAGACUUCCCCAUGGACCCACAUUUUACACCGACAUACAACCCCUGGGACCAACGACUCUGCCUAUGUCCUGACGGCGAUUUCUUUAAAUGCUUUGCCAACGGCCGCGCGCAAGUCGUGACGUCCACAAUCGACACCGUAACCUCUGACUCCAUACUCUUGUCUAACGGCGAGAAACUGGACGCCGACAUCAUCGUCACCGCCACAGGCCUGAACCUCCAAUUCUGCGGCAACAUCUCCCUUUCCGUUGACAAACAGCCCGUCGCCGUCCCCUCGCGCUUCAUGUGGCGCGCCACCAUGCUCUCCGGGGUCCCCAAUCUCUUCCUCAUCAUUGGCUAUGUCAACGCAUCCUGGACCCUAGGCGCCGACUCUGCGUCCCGGCUUCUCACGCGCUUGAUGGGGUUCAUGGCGAAGAAUAAGUACACGAGCGCGACGCCUAGGAUUUCGGAAGAGGAGGCGAAGGAGAAGAGGUUGCCCCUAAAUUUGACGAGUACGUAUGUUAAGAGUGGUGUGGGGAAUAUGCCGCAUGCGGGGGCUAAGGCACCGUGGUUACCCAGGGAUAAUUAUAUGAGGGAUAGUUGGUUUGCGGAUAGGGGGGACUUGAGGCUGGGAUUGGAGUUUGUGGGGAAGAGUAGUUAG